CCUCUAGCCUUCGGUUCGACCCAAACGUUGCACUAAGGUUAGAAGCUCGAGGUUGUCUCUAACACAUUCCUAAGACGUUCAUUUAGUGUUUUCAUGGCACAAAAAAAUACACAUUUAAAUCGAAAUAGGUGAAUAGUCGAAAACAUUUGCAGUCAGCCACAUUUAUGGUUUAUAUGUAAACCAGACGUCGCAACUCGAUCGUUUGUUAGUAAGAUUUAAAACGUACUUUGCAUUUGGACUCCUCUUCCAUAUAUCGGCCAAUCUUUCCCAGAUUGUCACAUGUUUUAACCUCCUGGAUCUUUGUCCUUUAUAAAUCGAUCACUGUAUGUCAACAUUCAAAUUUUACCAUAAUGUUCUGUGUACAUUCACCCGGAAAUAUGCAAAAAAAGGGAAAACAACCAAAGGAAUUGCCGCCGUCGCUAAAAUACGUGAAAUUAAUGUGGAGACAGAUCCAGAGAAAAUUGUAAACUGCUGCUGUAUUAAUUAUAGAAUAGGUGAACAACCUAUUCCACUGAAGCCAGAUAAUGAGUAUCCGGAUUGGCUCUGGAAAUUACGGACAGAUAGAGGUUCUCCCCCUCUUGAAGAGGUUGAUAAAAAUUCCUACUAUUAUUGGAGACGAAUUAGAAAAAUGAACCGUAACCUGAUCAAUAAGUUGGCUUCCGUGGAUGGGUGGCAUAGGAAGGAUCAUCGGUCGUUUGAAAAUCAUGCCCUUCGAUUUUAUGGUGACUUGUACUUAGCUGUUAGUGAAUGGUCUAAUUCAAAGAAACUACUUGAAAAUAAAAAUUAAUCCAUACCACCUUGCAUUUACACAGCACGCCCAAGUAUGAUUUUUAUCUGCCAAAUAAGUUGCAAGUCACCUGAUAGUCAAGUGGAAACUUUAUUAUGGCAAUUAGUUCCAUUCGGUGAUGACUUUUAAAAUCUUUAGUGGUGAAUGAUAACGUAUUGUAGUGUGUCCCGUCACUUUCCUAUGUGUACUUCAUUUAUUUCUCAGCUUGAUGGCACCAACGAAAUAUGAUUUACAAAGCAGUCAGAUCGUAAUGUCUUCUACUUCUGCAUAAAUGAGUUGACUAAACGCCAGAAGCAUGCAUUAUAGCUGAACCAAACGGCAUAUUAUUACGUGAAUUACAGUCGAAGCUUUAAAUGGCUUUUGAAAU